CUGAUUUGUGUUGACGGUGUUGACAGAUAGCGCAAAAGUUCAAAAAUACUCCAUUGCUGUCCUAUUGCAAACGGUCGCCAUCGUAUUUUUAAAAACCGAAUAACUUUUGCCUCUGCUGUUAUGUCAAUAAUACCUUUUUCCUGAUUCAUAUUUGUCAAAAUUUAAACAAUAAGGUUGGUUGCUGAUUAGGAAAUUUGUUUUCAAAUUAUAUGUGUUACAAUUAAUCGGGUAAAAGACACGAUUUCGAAAGAACGAUGAAUUCUCGCGCAUCCGAUGUUUUGAAGAAGCAACGCCAUUUGGCUGCGCAAACAUUACAGAAGGCCGAUGAAAUGCGCGAGCGCAGUCCGUUGAACGGCAAAUCGAUCGCCAGCAGUCGAAAUUUGCUUACGCCACCAACAAAGGAUGAUAGCUACGAUGGCGAUUCUCUGUUGCCACCCCGUCGUUACAAAUCGAUCAACAUUACUGAAUUGGAGGUGGAGAAUACCAUUCACCUGCAGGCCACACCACAGCGGAUGACAUUCGAACCGAAAGAAAUUGCCGCUCGCUCUACAAUGGAUCAAUGCGCACCGGAUCAGGUUCGUCGAAGGUUGGAAGUUGAUCAGCUUGCUCCGGACAUUCAGGAACUUUUGCAUCAGAGUUUUGCUGAUGAAAUUCGGGAACUAGGUAGCAAGUAUAAAGAGAAGCUAAAUUUGAAUGACUCCGCUUCUGAAAACUCACGAAGCGAUGACCGGCCGGAUUUAAGUCUUCCACGAACUGCUGAUAUGAGUAGAAUGUCAGUUGGAGGAUCGCUUUCAUCAAUCCCACCCAAAGAGCAGGCUAACUUGGCAAAGCAGAAUUUUUGGGAUAUUUCCUCCGCAGGUCUUGCGGACAGUUGGAUGCAAAAGGAGCUUUCUCAACUGGACGAAAUUGAUUUUCGUCCAGCGGAAGAGCAAACCUCAAGACUGUUGAAGGAUGAGAUGGCAUGGGAACAGGAAAAUGCCAUCAUUCCGCAGGUUUAUGAACAGCGGCCGAAGAGUCCUACGGAAGAAAAAGUAAAAAAGCCGAAGAAUCUGAAAAAUCAUGUGGAUUUUUCGUGCUUCUCAGGAUAUUUGGAGCAAGAGGAUGUGGAGCCGAUGCAUGCUACUCAUAUCGAAGACAGCAGCUACUGUUCCGUCGGAGAGUAUUUCAAUAAAAUGUCUUCAAGUUUGAAAGGUAUGAUUCCGGAUGGAAGCCCGCCACGGAGAACUCCCUACCCUCUCGUGGACAUGAGCAAUCUAGGGUUAGCAGAUGAAACUGUUUCAAAAAGCCCUCUUAAAAGCAAAAUAGAUCAGAAGAAAGUGUUACCAGGGUCAGAUAAGGAAAAUUCACUCAGUGUAUCCAGUAUAAUGAAAGCACUGAACUCAAUACCGCUGGAAGAUUCGCCAACCGCAUUUAUUGACAAGCUAACAAAUCUACGCAAGGCCAAAUCAAAUCUCGCUGCUACCCAGUCGGAAGUAGCGGCUGCAUGUACUCCCGCAUCCGAUCAUCGACAAACGAAGCAGCUGCACAAAACUACUUCCCUCAAGACUGACCUAAAUUGCGUAACGAAAAGUCCGUCCUUUGUUCGCGAUCUAGAUGAAGUCAAAAAGCGUGUCCCCCGAACCUCCGGGGCUCUUUCCGAUACGGCAAGUUUCACUGAGUCCCUACUGGAAUCAUCUGCUUUUGUUCCAAUGAAGCCUGUCCCCGUUUUGCAAACGCCUGCUCCUUCAUCAGCGGCGAAAUCGGAUCGGAGUGAAUAUGAUGCAAAAUCCCAAUACUCAACGGGCCGAAAGCCCUUCUUGGAUACGUAUCGGGUUUCGACUGCCACUAAAUUGUCGGAACACCAAUUAGAGCUACCACCGAUUCCAAUUGUGCGAGAUCCUCCCAAAUGUCAGCGACAAAUCAUCACGGACGAUGCUCCGGUUAAACCGAAUCGAAAGAGGAGAUCUAGUUCGGCCACACGACAGGAGCUGCAGGAAAACGAGGAAAAGCGCCAGGAAGCUGUUUUGAUAGCCAGCGGUCAGAAACGAUCCCGUUCGCCUUGCAACCUGGCGGAGUUGAAAGCCGUCGCAAGCCAUCUGGUGGAGUAUCCGGAUACACCAAAAGGUACAGUUCCAUCGCAGCGUGGUGUGGUUGGUCCAGGACAAAAAUCGUUUCUUUCACCAGAACCUAGAUCUCGGGAAACUCAAAUGUACGGUGGGACGUCUGCAUUUACUUCGCCCAAAUCUGUGGCAUCCAACCAGGAGUCUGAAACGGAGGAUCGUGCUGCGUUGACGGAUCCUUCAAGGGCACAAGUAUCUGGAAAUUUUCUGUUUAGUUCCGCACGAUCUGCAUCGCAGUGCUCGGUUGCGGGCAGUGAAUUCAGUCACAAGGAUGGUAUUUUACCGCUGAAGGCUACUCACACUGAAAUUUCCUGGGGUAGCACGAGACUCAGACGAAAUGAGAAGAAAUCGAUGCAGAUUAAGAACAUUUCGCAAAAGAAAUUGGUGAUCAAAGCCAGCAUAACAGGUCCCGGUUUCCAACUGUGCGGAAUGGAACAAAGUGGAAUAUUGACACUGCAAAGUCAGGAAUGUCGCACUAUAACGGUAGAUUUCUGUCCAACCGUGAUAGGGGCAGCCGUUGGACUCCUGAGUUUUCAGCCUCCACACGACUGCUAUAGCCAGCGAGUUGUAUCUCUUUUUGGAUACGGAGGAGAAGCAUCAUUAAGAGUUGAAGGCAUCCAAAAGGGACCGAGUGGACCAUAUUUGGAACUCGGUCAAGCACGUAAUCUGGGAUGUCCCUUGGAAAAAUCUUUCUCUUUGUACAACAAGGGCAGCCUGCCGGCGUUUGCCCGGAUUGGAAUCGACAAAAAAGGACUGGAUCAAACUUUUCUUGCAUCCGCCGUUUAUGUUCAACCCCAGCGGGUCAUCAUCCCACCGAAUAGCUACGCUCACAUCCACGUCAUUUUCAAACCGCGUCGCCAAGAAGUUGCCAAAAUCCUUCAAAAACAAGUUGACGUUCUCUCCAUCACUAAUCUACAUAUUCUUUGGGGCGAUGAACCAACGCGGCACCGUAUCCGCAAAAUAAUAACGCUCAUCAAAAGAAACGAUCUGCAACAGGACAAGAUCGCUCCGUUGGAAUCCGUGUGUGAAGUUUUCCCUAAAGAAAAAGAAAUCAACGAGCUGGAAUCCUUCACCGAAAACCUUUUCGAAACCAUACAUGAACUGUUCCUGACUCUCCGCGAGUAUGAACUAGUCCUCACGGUGGAUCGCGCUUUGGACGAAACGAUGAUCGAUCUGACACUAUCGGAGGACAGCAGUGACCUGUUUAAAACCAUGUUUAUCUCGUCGGACGUCGGAUCACCUCGUUUACCCGAGGAGAUCUCUCCCGGUUUUGCACCGGCACUUCAAUCUGCCAAGCGAGAAAGCGGUGAAUCCUGGAGUGUACGGCCAACCUUCCUUGAGUUUCGUCCCACCGAGCGGACGAAACAAUUUGUGAUCAAGAGCAACUUUUACUCGACGCAGUUUUUUGAACUCAAUUCUAACUUCCGACCGUUGUUCCGAUUUUCGCCCAUGGAGGGACAGAUCCGUCCCGGACAGGAGGUGGUAGUGAAUGUGGAUUUCCAGUCGGGGCCUCCCACCCAACAGCAGAUACUUAUUGUGGUUUACAUAGAGAAUGAGAAGAUUACCAUACCUGUGUACGUUCGGAAUAGAAUUUGAGCCCGGUGAUUGGAAAACGGCGAACAUCAGAAUUCAUUUAGUUUUGUAAGAAUCAUUCAUUUAGUUUUAUUUAUUGUAUAACUGUUCCUAUUUAUUAUGUGGACAUCAUUAAUGCAGUGCAUUUAAUUUGUUUAGACUAAAAUAACAAUAUUAUGAAAAGACGUUUCAAUUUGAAUAAAAUAGGCUGCCUAACAACAUUAA